CAAAAUAGAUUGAUGCGGUGACACGCGGAAUGUUUGGUGCUAACAGGAAGAAGUUUGUGGAGGGAGGGUUGGAGAGUGACUAUGCUGAUGACUCCGCCCUUUACUAUAGCCAGCAGUCAAUGUUCCCUCCACACCGGGCGGACAAAGAUAUGCUGGCCUCUUCCUCCUCUUCUUCAACUAGUCAACUGUCACAGCUCGGAGCCAGUUUAUAUGGCCCUCAGAGUGCCCUAGGGUUUCCUAUGCGUGGAAUAAAUAGCAGUGCUGCUCCUCAGUUAAGCAGGUCUGGGCUGAAUCAACCCGUCAGCCAUGUAAACACACCCAACACUGGAACCAUACACACACCUCCCUCCCCGAGCAGGGGUAUUCUUCCUAUGAGCAGUAGGAGUAUGCUGGGACACAGUCAGCAGGUGGGGGGUGCGGGGGGUCAGCAGGGCGGGGGGAUGGGGGGAGGAGGUGGUGGAGGGGGGGAGCGGGGAGGAGGGGGGAGGAGUGUCAGCAUGGGGAGUCCAAGCCGAUCAUCACCGAGCAUCAUCUGUAUGCCCAAACAACAGCAAGCAAGACAGCCAUUCACUAUCAACAGUAUGUCAGGGUUUGGGAUGAACAGAAAUCAAGCGUUCAACAUGAACAACUCCAUAUCCAGUAACAUCUUCAAUGGCACAGAUGGCAGUGAGAAUGUGACAGGAUUGGACCUGUCAGACUUCCCGGCUUUAGCAGACCGGAGCCGGAGGGAUGGAGGUUCGAAUCCCACCCCACUGCUCAACCCCCUGGCCGGUCGGGCUCCAUACGUUGGCAUGGUAACCAAACCCUCCAAUGAACAGUCGCAGGACUUCUCCAUCCAUAAUGAGGAUUUCCCAGCUCUCCCUGGGCCAAACUACCAAACUAAAGAACCCAGCAGUACCAGUGAGGACAAACCGAAUCUCAACUCAUCGGGGAAGCCCACCUCUAACACAGACGGUCCAAAGUUCCCUGGCGACAAAAGCUCUGUAGUGGCCAGCAACAACAACCAGCAGAAAAAAGGAAUCCAGGUGCUGCCUGAUGGGCGUGUGACCAACAUCCCUGUCGGUAUGGUAACAGACCAGUUUGGGAUGAUUGGUUUAUUGACAUUCAUACGAGCAGCGGAGACGGACCCUGGCAUGGUCCACCUGGCUCUGGGCUCUGACCUCACAACCCUGGGUCUCAACUUAAACUCACCAGAGAAUCUCUACCCUAAGUUUGCGUCUCCCUGGGCCUCAGCUCCAUGUCGGCCACAGGACAUAGAUUUCCAUGUUCCCUCUGAAUAUCUGACCAAUAUCCACAUAAGAGACAAGUUAGCAGCUAUCAAGUUGUCUCGGUAUGGUGAAGAUCUUCUCUUCUAUCUCUACUACAUGAAUGGAGGAGACCUGUUACAACUACUGGCUGCUGUAGAACUGUUCAAUAGGGACUGGCGGUACCAUAAAGAGGAGCGGGUGUGGAUCACGCGAGCUCCUGGAAUGGAGCCCACACUGAAAACAAAUGCCUACGAGAGAGGGACCUACUACUUCUUUGAUUGCCUCAACUGGAGGAAAGUGGCCAAGGAGUUCCAUUUGGAGUAUGACAAGUUAGAAGAGCGACCUCAUGUACCUUCCACUUUCAACUACAAUCCCGCCCAGCAGGCAUUCUGAUUGGAUCAGCUAUAUACUGCCUGCACAUCAUUGGCUCUCCUCGCCCAUCAAUCAGCAGUUUUCUUCCAAGACACCCACCCCUUGCCCAUAGAAGCCAAGCAUUUGGUCAGCAGAGCAUCCUUCCAUUUUCUUCAAUCUCCUCCCACUAAAAUUGAAUCUGACCAAUGAGGACUCUGGAUGGGAGGUGAACUUUGCCUCCACUGUCCCAGAAAGACGCUGCAUCAUUUUAAAUUUUUUUUUUCCAUCAUCCAAACCGCUUAUCCUGCUCUCAGGGUCGCAGGGAUGCUGGAGCCUAUCCCAGCAGUCAUUGGGCAGCAAGCAGGGAGACACCCUGGACAGGCCACCAGGCCAUCACAGGGCCCACACACACACACACAUUGACACCUAGGGACAAUUUAUUACGGCCGAUUCACCUGACCUCCAUGUCUUUGGACUGUGGGAGGAAACCGGAGCCCCCGGAGGAAACCCACACAGACACGGGGAGAACAUGCAAACUCCACACAGAGGACGACCCGGGACAACCCCCAAGGUUGGAUUACCCCGGGGCUCGAACCCAGAACCUUCUUGCUGUGAAGCGACCACGCUAACCACUGCGCUGCCGUGCCGCCUCAUUUUAAAUUUUUUUCAUUUUAACUUCUCUCUUUUUAAUGAUUAUUAUUUUAUUUUCAUUUUAUUUUCCUUUUCACCCCUUCCAUGUUUGGUUUGGUUGCUCAGCCUUUCAACUGGAGUUCUCAGUUUAUCAUUUUUACAGUGUACAGACACACACACACACACACACAGUAACUGGGCACUCAGCACAAUGUCCGUCUUAACACAUGAUUCAAAUUUCCAACCAGUCUUAAAAAAAAAUCUUAUUUUCAUCUGAUAUUUUUCACAGUACAGUUUAACGUAACACACAAGAUCUGAUCAUCUGUCAGGAUGGACGCGUGCACUCACAGACAGUCACACUACCCAUGGUCUCCAGCAGGACCUUAGAAGGUUUCCAGUGUUUUCAGAGACUCACAAAACGUCAGAAGCACAGAUGCGUACCCCCAGUGGCAACACUGAGGAGCAGCUCCAGGACAAGCCAGUUCUCAAGUUAUGUAUUUCUACACACAGAACAUCUAUUUUGACAAACAGUGGAAAAAACAAACAAACCAGAAGGAGACUUGGACUCUGUUCACAAUACCGGACUGUGUUCCUGCAGAAAUGAUGCGGAACGGUGAGAGCACCCCCGGGGGUCUUUCAGCAGGGACCACGUGUGACACAAUCCACCCUUUCAACUUGGAAACAACCACCUUGAUGACAGUGGCAAUGGUUGCCGUGGCUACAGUGGCUCAUCCAACGUAAUGCCAAGGACACACCCACAGACCCACGUGACCUGCUUUGGAGGGGAACGAUUGGAGGAUCAGGACUGAGGCACUUCGCCAUUGGCUGUUUUAUUGAUUACGGCAGCUAGUGUUUUAAUAGGAAAUGAAAAAGAAUAAAAAAAUAUGUAUU